AUGUAUCCCGAUGGAGAAAUAGGAGGAGCAUCGGGAUCGCGCGGCCAAUCGGCAGACGGAGAGGCGGAGCCUUCGUCGGCCGAGCAGCAGAAGCAUGAGCCUAGCAGGUACGCAGCUGUGCUGUACAGGAACGUGCCAGGCGCUGCUCCCGAUAUAUCGCAGUCAAAUGAUGGCGACGCCCUGCGAUUGCCGGCGUGGCAGGCCGGCAGCUCGUCGUCGUCGACAUCCGGGGCGCUUUUGCCGUGGCAAGACAUUUACGAGCCGUACGGGAAGUUUUUGAACGGCACAAAUUACAACGCGUGCACCCCGCCUUUACAGUCUCUUCCGUCUGGCAAUGUGCUCACGUUCGCUCCCAGCGGCUCGGCGGCCUCCGACGGCAGCCAGCAAAGUGGGUCAAGCGGAACUCAGAACGCGAACGGUAUAUCUAACGUCGGCGUGAAUCCGGUGAACCGUGUUGGCGACGUGACGGAUGCGUAUGGUCUAUUUCCGCCGCGACUGGACCGAGCUGUAACCGUAUCGGAACUGAUGAAGCUCACCGACGCCGUCAACGAGCUCACCAAGAGGAUGCCGUUGCCGCCAACACAGGAGCUCCUUAGCGCCAUUGAGCCUCAAUUGGCGAUGACGUUGCAGCUCACCUACCUCAAGGCCUACAUACAGAAUCAGCAGCUGCUGAUCGACAUCAAGAACGGGAUACUGGGCGGGAUCCUGAACGGCUGCGACUUCAGGAACUCCAUGCGGCUGGCAGUUCCCACUCUGGACCCGCCGCCGCCCAUGGAACAGCAGCAGUUCAACACUCCAUACUACGGCUGCUCAGAUGGGCAGGGCAUGGCCGUCGACGGCAUGUGCGACGUUGCAUGGGCGCAGCCACCUGCCAUAGAAUAUCCCAUGGGAGAAGGCUCGCCACCAAGCAAUCCAGCGCCAUUUCCGGCGGAUGGCGGUGAUUUCAACAGCAGUGGGACGCCUCAAUUCCCACCAUUCACCGAGGUUUUCGAAGCGCUUCAACAGACGCAGUUCUUGCCUCCGAUGAUCGAAGCUCCACCUCCACCUUCGGGCGAGCUGUUAGCAUCCACUGUAUUGCGGACGGCACAGCCCACUGCGACGGCGUCAUCGGCGACCUUAGCACCCGAAUCUGCGCCAACGCCUGGUGCAACCGCAGGCGACGGCUACGAAACGGGUGGAAUGGAGGUUGCCCCUCCGAAGAAUGAGAUCCCUCCGAUCCCAGCUGAGAUUCGAAACAUGGUGAAAUAUGACGGCCAGAAGCACGCAUUCGUGGCUGUGUAUCUGGGUCCGCUGGGUGCGAGGCGUCGGCGUCUGUUUUCCAUUCGCAAGUUUGGGGUGGAAGGCGCUCUGAAGCUGGCUACCGACUUCGCCGUGGGGUCCACGUCCGCCGCCGUCGCCAGCAAGGAGCGUCGACUGCUCGAGGAGGUUUGCGAGGUUGCUCUUCGUGCCAACCCGGCGAGUGGAUCUUGUCUGGAUCAUGUGGAGGAAGCACGGGCCAUCCCGGAGACUCGCGGCAUCGUGUUCUCCUGCGGCGCCCAGUUGUGGAUGGUCAUCACGUACGACGCCGUGUCCGGCGAACGCAGCAUAGAAGCGUUCAGCGUGCAGUCGCUGGGCUUCCAAGGCGCGUACCAGGCGGCCGUGGCCGCGCUCGACGAGCGCCUGAAGAACGGCGCGAUGACCUCCAAGCUCUCUGGCCCCAUCUACUUCUGGCUCGAGGGCACCGUGGGAAAAGCGGUGCUGUGCCUCAUGGUCACCCCGCGCGACCUGAUGCGGCAAAGCACGUGCGAGCAGGAGCUGUACAUCGGGCGGUUCGACGUGACUAAGUCAGGGGGCUUCAACAGCGCCCGCAAGCUCGCGCAAAAGUGGCGCUCCGAGCUGCGCAACGUACUGACACAAUGUUAA